UUGCCACCAUGGGGAUCGUAUGAUCGUGAGGUGAACAGAUAAAGAACAGCAGAUUACCAGUCGUGUAAAAUCCACCUUAUACGAAUGCCCAGCUGAGCUAAGAACAUCCCUCAACUCGCCAGUACAAGAAAAACAGUCCUUCAAACACCUCUGAUAAAGCCUUGUUUAUUUACAUGCUAGUGGUUUGCACUUUGAGGUCUGCAAGCGUAAAACUAUCCCAGCUAUUAAAGCCCAUCAACUCUUUGUGAUUAGGCAGACGAGCUAAAGUAAGCCUGGUGUAGACAAUGGCUGGGCUACUGUCAGCACUCAAGAAGUUGCCGUUUAUCCCCUUGUGGUUUGUCAUGGUGUUUCUAAUCACUGGCAUGAUAAUAAAUAUCAUACAGGUUGCUAUUCUACCAUUAUGGACCUUUAACAAGACACUUUACAGAUGGAUUAAUAUGCAUGUUGUGUAUCUUCACUGGUCCCAGUUGACAUUUCUAGUUGAUUGGUGGUCAGAAACUGAUUUAAGACUGUAUGGCAAUGAAGAAGACUUCAGAUAUUUUGGAAAGGAGAGUGCAAUUUGUGUGGCUAAUCACCGCAGUGAUGUAGACUGGCUUAUAGGAUGGGUAAUGGCAGAUAGAGUUCAUACUCUCGGGACAACUAAGUGCUACAUGAAGGGUUACUUAAAAUAUCUGCCAAUCAUGGGCUUCUCGUGGCUGAGUAGCGAGUACGCCUUUGUUAGCCGUAACUGGCAGAAGGAUCAGAGAGUUCUACAGAACAGUCUUGAUACUCUCCAGGAUUUUCCCUACCCCUUCUGGAUUGCAAUAUUUGCUGAAGGCACUAGGCUGACACAAGAGAAGCUCCAAGCCAGCAUAGAGUAUGCUCGAUCCAAAAACAUCCCUGAAUUACAACACCACCUCCUUCCAAGGCCUCGGGGAUUUUCCAUAACAGUUCAACACUUGAAGGAUAAGGUUUCUGCAGUAUAUGAUAUGGAAGUGGCAUUUGUAGAAGGAAAAUAUCCAACAAUGAAAGGAUUAUUGUUGGGAGUCAAGUAUGAAAUACAUUUGUUGAUAAGGAGAAUACCAGUAAAAGAUAUCCCCAUGGAAACAAUAGAAGUGACCUCUAAAUGGUGCCAGAAGUUAUUCCAGGAAAAGGAUAAAGCGAUGAGCUACUACCUUGCUAACGGUAGAUAUGAAGAGCCCUUGGUGUUUCACCCUCGACAAUACUCAAACCUGGUUCCACUCUUGGUGUGGCACACCCUGCUAUCAGUCCCACUUCUCUCCUACAUUUGCUACGUCCUUCUCUCGGGGGAUGUUUUUAUACUCUCUGUAGCAGCUGUCGUCGUCUCGAUUUGCUUUGUUGUUUUCAAGAUUCUGUUGCACUUCAGUGACUCUCAGAAAGGGAGUAGCUUUGGUCUGAAGACAACUGGAUCAAGCCUGCACGUGUACAAGAAGGAACAGUGAAGUGUGCCCGUAUUCAACUAUCAGGAACAUUGCAUUUUUAACUGCUUUUAAACUUUCUGUCGAAUCAACAGCUUCAUACAGUAUGCCUCCGUGCUGGUCUCUCUUGAUUUGAAGUAAAGAAACUAAAUCCAUGAUAUGAAAUAAGGGUAACACAUACAUCUGUUCAUCUGGAUUAAAAGUGAAUGAUGAUCAAUUGAUAUUCCUUGAUGGUUUACGUAUAGAUUCCUGUCAGUGUGUUGCAAAUUUAUCAUAUUUUACCUCCAUUAUACAUUUUUUAAACGCAAACCGCAAUAGAUGAUAGAAGUUAAUAAUUACUAGCUUAUAUAUAAAAA